CGAGUGUGGGUCGCGCGCGCGUGCGUGCGUGUGUGCGUGCGAUUUGUCGUCGCGAAUUUGCGUCGCGGAGGGCGUAAUCGACACCCGUCGUCGACGACGUGCCGUGCCGUUUUCUCGUGCCACCCGCGUGGCCCACGCGAGAACGCGGUGACGCGCGCGAUAACCGCGAGUGAACGCGGCGUCGUCGCCGAGAAGGACUCCCGUCUUGCCCCGCGAUGCGGUCCCGAGUGCCGCGAACGUAGCCGCGAAUUACGCGCAACGCGGGAACAACCGCACCGGAUGCGCUCCGUGCCGACGACCAGCAUCGGGGGCACCGACGCGGGAUGAGCGCGAGGGAAGUCACCCUCUUCGGCGGAUCCCCCUGGGGCUUCCGCAUGCACGGUGGUUACGACACGCAUCAACCCCUGCGCAUCUCCAGGGUGAAUCCGGGAAGCAAGGCAGCUCAGCAGGGGGUGAGAGAGGGUGAUCUGAUCAGCAACAUUAACGGAAGAAGCACUCGAGAUCUGACCAACAGCGAGGCACACGCUCUGCUACGUAAUUCUGGAGAACAGUUGAAACUCGGUCUCAAUCAAGAGAAUAUCGGCUCGCCAAAGAGGAGGAUCUACAGGAGCAGCCUGCAGGAGAACACCACCGAAAUUCAGAACAAGACCACCACAAGAACCACAACGACAACGCGCACACGGACGGACGCGGAGAAGAACGGUGCCAAUGACACAAAAGUCGAGCAGAGCUACGCCAAUCAGAACGGUGCGCUGAAGAGCGAGCAACGGGGCGACACUAAAAAAGGACACCGCGAUUUUCCGGAUUACGCGACCGACGCGGAGGAUUGCGCCGUGAUGCCGCAGAGCAGCGCGCGUAACCGCAACCGCGGCCGCAGGAAUCGGAACCGACGACGAGCUCCUCAGCCACCGGCGAGCGUCACGGAAUCUUCGCGGAAGGUCGAACAGAGAACGCCCGACGAGGAGAACCGUCCAGCGAUCUCGAGGAAUGAACACGGCAACGACGACGACGACGACGACGACGGCGGCGGCGGCGGCGACGGCUCGAAGACGAACGACCCCAUCGUGGAGAGUCCUAUUUCGGAGAGCGUCAGUUCGAUCGAGGGGAUGCAGAUUUCGACCGGACGACAAGUACCGCCGGACGACAAGUACCGAAUCAAGAAGAUCGAGCUAGCGGAAUCUCGUCCCAGGAUAAUCGAGAUCACGACCGUCAGCAGUUUACCUCUGGAGGCGACGAUCGGCCAUAUCGCGGGGGUGGGUAUCCUGGAAACUAGCAGCGGCGACAGAGCGUCGAAGGAGUCGACGAUAGUAACGGUAUCGGAGCCGGUGGAACCGAUGCGAUCCCUUUCUGGCUACGCGAAGACCAGACACGCACGAGCGAACGUACCUCGGUUGGAGAUCCGAGAAGUCAACGACAGCGAUGCGGAGGCCGACUGUGGCUCAGCUAUCGUCGAAUUCGAAUCCGAUGCGGAGAAGGAGUCGAUAGGAGAACGGGACUCCGAGGAUCGCGAGGUGUUCAAGCCGAGGGAUCGGAUCGGCCAGCAAUUCGCCCCGCAGAAGAAAUUCUCCAAAUUGGAAAUGGAAUCACCGACUCUGAUGUGGGCCACGGUGAUGCCUAAAGACGUGGAGAAAAAGCUACGAAAUUUCAUCGAGGAUCUUCAGCUGCCGAGUUUCUCCGAGGAGGUGGUCGAGGACGAAAAAGGAUCUCUCGAGAAAGUCCCGCGGGUCAUCGCGACGGAGGAGAGCAGAUCCUUCGAGAAAGCAUCUGGCUCCUUCCGCCGGAAAACGAAGAAACGUACGAUGUCGGCGUCGCAUUACGCCAGCAGCUUUCUGGACAUCAUACAGGAGGAGGGCGAGAGACUGUCGGAGGACGAAGCGCAGCACAUCAGAGAUUUCAUAAACGAGGAGAUCAGCAAGUAUCGUCGCGAGGACAGGCACUCCGUCGAGAGGACGGCGAAUGACGUCGAAGCAAGGAGAAUCGAGCCUGAGAAGAUUGAACCGGUUGCCGAGGAGUCGAAAUGCGACAUUGAGAUUAAGACUGAUACGACAGAGAAUGACAUUUUGGAAUUAUGUUCGCGCGAUAAAGCGAAGACUCGCGAGGAGAUUGAAAAGGUUGAGCCCAGUUCCUCUGAAAGCGUCGUGAGUCGCGAAACUGAAGUAGCGAAAGACACCGAUUCAGAAAAACCGACGAACGAAAAAAUGGAGGCGAAAAACGACGCCUUGAAUGAUGAAUCUUUGGAAAUUGCAGCAAGCGCAACGCAAGAUAGUUUAACGCUCGAGGACCGUUGUACCGCUGAGAGAAUUGAGAUUGUGAAAAAUGAUGUUGCGAAAGACGUUGGUGAGGAAAAUAAUAAAACGGAGGAGGUAGAGGAAAGCUUAACAAGUAUCGUGACAGUAAGUGAUAUCGGUGACGCGGACGUAAGUAAAGCGGAGGAAAAUGAAUUUUCGUCUCGAGUCGCGGCAUUACCUGCGGAAUCAGAGAAUCGCGAUGUUCCGCGAAAAGAUUCCAUCGAGACGCGCGCGAUCGUUAAUCAUGGCGCGUCGCGAGCGGACGACAAAGUUGAUUCAUCUUCAAAUUCGUCAGCGAGCGAAGUAACCCUGUUGAGAGCGAGGCAACCGCCGCCGCCUCUACCGAGGAGGUCGUCCAGUUUCGGCCGCGAACGUCACAGACCGCCGACGCCACCUGAAAUAGACUAUAUCUCGAGUGGCGCGAACGUUCAUCAGCCGUCCGACGUUGCGGCGAACGACGGCGACGGGCGCGAACGCAGCACGACGAAUUUAUCCGCGCGGAAGCGCGCGAGUCGCCAGACGACGGACGACGACGACGACGAGCUGCCGCGACGGCCGGAGCUUCGGAGCUCGCGAGAGCCUCUUCACUCGAUCGAAGACCGGAGGACGAUUCGCGACGAUUUUUCGAGCUCGCGCGACCUCGCCUCGUCGUCGACGAUCGUUGACGCUGAUGAGAUUUGUGGUCGUGUAAAUCGGGUGAGACGCGCGGGAACCGGGCACGCCGGAGCUUCUUCGACCGAGGGCGGUCAAUCGAUCGCGUCAUCGGGUAUUCGCGACGAUGAUCUGUCACGCUCGCGCGGCACCGGCGCGCACCUCGUCGCGUUGGCAAGCGCGACGAGCACGGAAAUAACGCGUCGCGAGGAAGGGAAGCCUGCGACGCCCGCUGCGCCGCUGGCAGCGUGUGAUCGAAACGCGUCGUCGUGCCGGCAGGAGGGCGAAACCGAGGUGUGCGGGCAUUCCUCGGCUCAGGAUACGAAUUCGGAAAGGAAGAAUUUUACGGCGAAUCACGGCGGACCACCGAGGUGCGAUAAAUCAGACACUCGUUCGAAUUCCUCGGUAAAAGACAAGUCGACGAUGGGUUCCUCGGGUUCGAAGAGCAAGAAAAAACCCGAGGGAAAGAACGGGAAGGACGGGAACGAGAAAUCGAUGUCCAGCUUUCGCCGCGAGCGAACGGUGAGGAACGAGACGUCGGAGACGAGAAUAAUCGAACGGCACGAGGAGAGCACGAGCGCUAACCAACACGAUGGUCUUCGCAAUUCAAAAUAUUUGACGUGGGAGUCGAAGCGCGAGGAGAGGCACGAGGAGAAGCACGAAGAAGAAACGCGCAGCUUAUCUCGAGAGAGCGACGCGAGGAAUUCAUCCGACGACGACGAGGCGAGCUUUCAAAAGACGGACGUCCCGACGAGCGAGAGUCCCUCACUCGAGGUAGAGCUGGGCGACAUUCAAGGGCACGACUCGUCCAGCAGCACCACGUCCUUAAACACCGUGAGGCACCGUCCGCUGGAAGCGUCGUUAACCGACAUCAGCGCGAUCGUCCGCGAGACGAGGGAGGAGAACUCGAAGAACGAAGCGGAGGAAUCUCUGAAGCGGAAGCUCACCGCGCUGAAGAGCGCGGAAGAGAGUUCGGAAUUGACGCAUCCGGUCCCUCACUCGCCAGUACAGAAUUUUUACCAAGUACCACGGAAGGGAGAGGUAGAAACGUCCGUGGAAACUUCCGAGAAAGCUGCGAAUGACGUAUCGCGAGGACCACCGCCUUCUCUGAGGGAGCUCUGCGUCGAGAGGAUUCUGUCGAUGCCGUGUGGACCGCAGGUGAUAGGCGAGAUCACCACGCCCAAGUUCAACAUUUUCGAGAGUCUGCGGACUCUGCAGAGGUUUGUGAGUGACACGCCGGCGAGUGCACGUCGGCGUGAUAACGCCCGACUAAACUCGAUGCAUGGAGUGAGUGAUCGACGACGCGGACUACUAACGAAAACGCCGGACGAGAGCGAGCAGCCUCGUCCUAACGACAUUGCGAACGCUGUUUCAGACCAGGCCAAAUUGCCGAAGAGCGUUAAUAUUGAGUUAUCAGAGUCGGAAGGCGAGAUGGAAAACCACGGGGAACCACGGUGGCGCGCGCUCACCACAACGGAGGACCCGAGGCUCCUGGUGUGCCUGUCGCCAUCGCAACAGGCCACGCAGGUGCGCACGAGCGCCGACACUCUCCUGGAUCUCCAUCGAAAGUUCUUAAAUCGCUACAGUUACCGCGAGGAGCAGCCGCAUUACGUUCCUCUGCCGCAGUACCGGGUGGAGAUUCGCCCGAUCAAAGAGAAGGAUAACGCAGCUUCGAAAACGCCUAAACCGACUACUCGAGCGAUACAUCGAGAUACCGCGAUCGAGAGCUCCAGCAGCAGGCUGCUGGAGAUCAUCAAGGAAGAACGAAACGAUACACUCGCGACUCAACGGACGAAGACGAUAAUCGAUGACGCCACGGACGACGCCGGGGGUCAAGAAUGCUUCAAGGCCGAAUCUCGGUCGAGCGACUGGUUGAAUCUAGCCAGACACGAUAGCCGAAGCGCCACCGCGAACGAGCUAUUCGUGGCGGUGGCGAGAGGCGAGGAUGGCGAAUCGAGAGACGAUAAGCCGAACGGUCACGUGACCCGAUCCGAUCGGAUUAAGAUUGCGACACGUUCCGCCACCCAGGCUGAACAUCGACCGUUGGUGAAUAACGACGCGGCGAUAGCGCGCGAUUCGGAGAGAUUGUUUGCGAAUAGCGUUAAGUGUCCGUUCACGCUGAACGGACCCAUUACCGAUCGAUCGAUGGACGCCGUCGUCGACAAGAAGACGCCGCCUCUCAGGAGGACGGCCGAUCUCGGCAAACACGUGAAUCCGGCGUUGAUCGACGACAAACUCGAGGUACCACCGUUGCCGAAGCGCACGGUCACAGUCGACAGAUCGUGCAUCGAUACAAGGAGCAUCUUCGAUCAGAAUCCGCCGAGAAAUCGUCUGGAGCCGCGAAGAGGUCACCGCGAAGCGGAGAAACUGAAGCAUGUGGCCGCUGUGGAGAUCAUGGAUAAAUUAAAAGAGUUACAAACGGAUACGUCACGGCGGCGACUCGACGGCGGCAGGACGGGCUCCUUACCUCAAGAAUACUUCGCUCAGCAGCUGAGGUACAUCGAGUUGUUGGAAGAGCAACUGAAGAAUGUGUUAAUAGCGGAAGAGGAGGAGAGAAAGGCAUUCGAAGAAUUCCAAACGCAUUUUCAUCGAACGAAACAGCGCGAUGACGCGACGAGAUCGUCUCUCGCUGACGUCCCUGAAGAAAUUUCCAAGAAAACUAGCGCAAAUCUCGAACGCGAGUGUGAAAGUUCGAUCGACGUCCAUGGGAUGGCAGAAAAUAGCGGAAAAUGUGUAGGAGAUAAGCGAGGAGGUCUCGGGGAGAAACGCUUCAAAGAGAUCUGUCGAAGCGAGCCGGAAAUUCAGAAAGAAUCCUGGCAGGAGAAAUCGCAGAAUGUAGAAAAAGAUCGUACAGAGACGAUCGAAAAGGUGGGCAAUCGGCAGUCCUCGAGGAAAGUACGUCACGAGAACGGGUAUCGCGCGGAUGAAUCCUCGGAGAGUGUGGAACACGAGGAACGCCACGUGAUCACGCAGAAGGGAAACCCGGAGAGAACGACGAAGAACGAAACGUUUAAGCCUCGCGAAACUAACGACACCGAAAUUAACGAACGUUACGCGGAAACUCGGUCGACGAGGACACCGAGGAAUGGCUCCGAGGUGUUGACCGAGAAGACGAAUCAGCGUAAGAACGAAGCGAAGAGACCGACGACGUUACCGACGAACGGGGAGGCAUUUCGCCAACGGAUGUACGACGAGUACGUGCACAAGGUGUUGGAGCGGCAGGAGCGGAAGAGCCAUAAGGUCGUGAAGAUCAGCUCGCACGAGGACAUCAAGCGCAAGGCGGACGGUGACAUGAGCGCGAUGGCGAAGGAGUUCAUCGAGAAGGCGCGCAGUCGGCUAAACAAGUUUGGGAUCAAUCUCGACGAGAGCGGGACGGAGCACGAGGAUGAGGAGGGCGACUCCCUGAUCAACGUGAAAUUUCUGAUCGACGGCAAGGAGCUCCAGGACGUCCGAAAGCUGCCGAAACACCUGCGGGAGUUCCUGAAGAUCUCCACGAUGAGUGACGACGAGGGCGGGAGCGGCUGCGAUGUCAUUGCGAAGAGAGGAGACAGAGGUGAGAGCGAUCUGGUGCACGAGAUCGACAAAGCUUUGAAAAUCAGCAGGGGAUUUCUACUUCGCCAAGAGAACGUUAUGUUCGCCCCCACGUUUAAAGCCUCGUCGGCGAAGCCAGGCGUUUGGUCGCCAGGACAAACGCCAGUUGAGAAGGCGCCGAGUCCCGAGCGUACCAAAGUACCAAAGAAGAGCGAGCCGAUUCCUCCGGUUUGGAGCCCCGCCAGCGCCGGUGCGAGCCCCGUUCCCGAGAGGAAGGAAUUUCGUCCCGUGCCGUUCGAGAGUCCUGUGCUAAGCCGGAAAAGGCAGCCAAAGGAGGAGGUGCUCCCGCCCUGGGAGGGCGAGCAGGAGGGGAAGGAGUGCGGUAUCUCGCGAAUCGUCAAUUCGCAUUCGGCGCCCACCCAGGGGCUGAACGCGCUCGCGUCCACGCCGCGAUUGCCACGUGCCCAGAAUCCGACCAUCACGUUGCUGCAGAAAGCGCGAGAGGGGCACUUGCCGAAAGGUGCGGCUUACUUGGAGGAGAGCGUGUCCGCCAAUAAUCGAUUUUUGAGCGACGAACGACCGCUGAUCUCUCCGGGAGAGAUAAUCUAUACGCUGAAGAAAGAAUACGAGAGUGAGCCGGAAGUGGAGAAUGAACCGCCGAAGAAGAUGGCCGAUCUGGGCCCUCGAAAAUUCGAGGGGAUCGGCCCGAUGACUAAGGAGGGUAUCCCUCUCGUGUUGAGAUCGGAAGUCAAGGAAAGCAAUCAAGCGAAAUGGUACAAGAAAAUGUACGACUCGUUGCACCGCGCGGAUAGAAACGAUGACUACGUAACCAUAAAAUACAAAUCAAGAAGAGGAGGGCGAUAUGGCUACGGAAGCGGCAGCGGAUAUUUGAGUGAACCGGAACCGCGCGCAUACUCGGAUCGAUCCGUCACUCUCGAUAGCCGCCGACGGCUGCGCAACAAAGAAAAUGACUUCACCACGGCGACUAUGCCCAGAAAGAAUGGGGCGCUGAAAUACUCGACGGAGAUUUAUAAAAAUCAGCCUGGCCGCAUCGAGGACUAUGAACCGGGCCACUCGUCGAUCGCCGAGAAGGAAGCUAAAGAGUGGUGGGACGAGGUCAUGGACAUAUUUGACGGGUGGCUGAACGAAAACGGACAUCCUCAGCACACUAGGAUGGAGCCUCUGAGCGGUGGCGUCCGGCGAUCCCGCGUCCUCAGCCUCUCCUAUCGGCCGGAGGACAGUCCCUUUGAUCAACGCAGUAACGCACGUGCCGCGGCCAAGCCGUACAUAACUCAUGCUCUCAAAGAGUCAGGUUACGAGAGCGACUCCACGCUAGUGUUCCGCCGACGAGAAGACAUCAGUCCUCUCAGUCUUCUAGAGCAGAGACUGGCAUACAAAACGGUACAGAGCGGUGGUGACGUACCCCUCCAUGGGCUACGCAAGCCAGCUCCGGAACGUCCAAAGGAAUACUCGAAUGCACCCCCGCCGCCGCCAAAAUCCCAGCACUGCAGGGACGAUCGCCAAGAAUCGCCGAGGCGUUAUGUAGAGGGUGAGGUGACGAUUCACUAUCGCUCGCCGGUGCGUACAGAGGCGAAGGAGCCGCUGAGCGAGGAGGAGCUCGCACGUCGCAGCGCGGAGAACAUGCGGCGCGUCUACCAGGAGGAGCGUCGUCGCAAGUACCUUCAGGAGUUGCACGACAUCGACUCCCGCAGGCACACGGACAACUUUAUACCAUCGCAGAAGUCGCCCAUACCCCUGAAUCGCUACGACGAUUUCGUGGACGAUUUGAGCCAGCGAAGUCGAUCCCAAGAUCAAACACCGGAGCCGCGUCUGGUAGCGAGAGCGCUUUACAAUUUCGUCGGCCAGUCGUCCCGGGAAUUGACUUUCCGUCGCGGCGACCUCAUAUUCGUUCGACGACAGGUGGACAAGAAUUGGUACGAGGGAGAAUACAACGCGAUGAUCGGACUGUUCCCUUCCAACUACGUCGAGAUCCUACCGUACGACGGUACGAUGCGAACGACACCGAAGAAGGCGCACGAGGGACAGGCGCGGGCCAAGUUCAACUUCGUCGCUCAGACUAAUCUCGAGUUGUCCUUGGUGAAAGGUGAAUUGGUGGUUUUAACGAGGAGAGUCGACGAAAAUUGGUACGAAGGGCGUAUAGGAACCAGAAAGGGGAUCUUUCCGAUUUCCUACGUUGAAGUCAUUACAGAACCUGGACUUCGAUCAGAGACACCGAUUCAGAACAAACCGGUCGCGUCUCCGGCGGCGCACAGUCUCUUAGCGAACGGCUCGUCCGGAGGGAAAAUGAGUAUGGGACCCCAUCAUUACGUGCCGUCCAUCCCAGUCAAUAUCAACACAACCCAGCCCCAUUAUAAUUCACUGCCACGUAUGGGAGGGAGCAAGCUGCACGUGUCGCAACUCAGCGAAACCCUGCACAUCGAAACGCACUCGGAGCCAAUCCCGUACCGGGCGUUGUACAACUACAAACCGCAGAACGAUGACGAGCUGGAACUGAAGGAGAACGACACGGUGUACGUGAUGGAGAAGUGCGACGACGGAUGGUACGUCGGCUCCAGCCAGAGGACCGGCUACUUCGGCACCUUCCCGGGCAACUACGUGGAGAGAUUGUGAGGAAGGCCGACUGUCCAGGAUUUAGACGCCGCGCGGCGCAUCAGGGCCCAGGAUAGCUUUCACCAAAGCACUAGGCGAAAUCGUUAGAAUAGACACCGAAUUUUUCAACUUUAACCCGAUCGUCUCUGGCAAUAUGAUCGCUAAAGAUUUCCGCAAGUUACGAACUUUGCUAAACGAAUCCCAGUGAUUUUUUUUGUGUAAAAUUGAAGGACAAACUUGUACGUAACACGUAUGAUUGCAAGUCUCUACGAUGCAUUAUCUACAGGUAAUUAUGUUUAUAAUUCAUUUGAUUUCAAUUAUUUAUAUUUUUAUCGUGCAGGCGCGCGUUUGCAGUUUUAAUCAUUUUGACAUACGGAAAUUUUAAAAGAUUUUAGCAAUUGGUUUCUUUUACGACAGUAAUUGAAUUCUAAUUGGUCUCGCAAAUUAAUAUAUGACAUGGAAAUUUGUAUUUUCAAGGAUACUAGCUGACGAAUCUCUUCAUCUGAUUUUUAUUGAACUAAAAUAUUUGCCGAUCUCGAAACAUUGCAUGAUACGUGAUUUCAUAUAACACACGUAACUAGCGAAAUGUUACUGAUACAACGAAUGAGACGUCUAAUUAAAUCCACGCGACUGCCUGCGCCGCACGGAAGAACUUUCACCGAGUUCGGGGAACGUGAUUAAAAAAAAAAAAGAAACAUUUCGUGCAACGUCAAAUGAUUCUUAUUUUUAUCGUUCCGAGCGGCGAGUAAUUUGAGAGGCGAGAGGGUUAAGUCACAGCAGGAAGUAAGAAACGUCACAAGAGUCUUCCUUUUUGGGUCUAAUGACGAUAUUAAUCGAUAACGCAGUUAGGAUAAAUAUUAGAACUGUCAGUGUUUGCGGCGUGGAGUAAUGGAGCUCUCGUGCGAUCAGAAUUACUAUCGGCAUAUCGGUAAACCGUCGAUGUUCAAGACAUCGAUAUAUACUGUCUCGGUAUAUACUUCUGUCUAAUGUCAUCUCGAUCAUUCUUUAUACUUUAUACGAUAUGAUACUCGUGAAAUCAAACGCAUAUAUUGAAAAAUACCGAAGGUAAUCACUGAUCACGCCAGGAUCCUUUUUGGCGUCGAAUUUACCAAAAGAUUUAAGAUAGUACGCUAGGAUAAUACGCGAGUUUGUAAGUAAAGUUUGUAAGUAGUGUACGAUAACAAUUAGUAACUUAUUGUUACUGCUGUCCCUGACAGCUGCUAGCUUGAGCCAGGAAGGUGUCGAAUAAAAGGAAAAGAAAGGAGAGGAAAAAAGAGGGCGAGAAUACAACAUCGAAGGGGAGAGGCGGGUUUUGAUAUCCGAGAGAUAAUGAUUAGUUUGAGAUUUUAGGGCGGCUGUACUCCGAAAAAGGGAGGCGAAUUAGCACGCGGAGACUUGUGUUGAGUUCGAGAGAGAGAAAGAGAGAGAGAGAGAGAGAGAGACGCGGACGGCGGUUUCCCUAUGAUUUCGGUAUUGUAGAUAAAAUCGGCCACUGUUAUUGUUGCAUUCGUGAGUAUUUCGAGACUAACGAACUUAUAAUUGAAAGUUUGCCUUCCCAAAUUAAUAUUUUUGUAAGCAUUAUUUGUACCCAGAGUUAUAUAUAAAUAUACAACAUAUAUAUAUAGAUAGUAGAGAUAUAUCUAUAUACAUAAAUAUAUAUAUAUAUAUAUAUAUAUAUAUCGUAUACUGUAUACCACGCGCGAUAACACUAAUAUAUAAAGAUACCAUACACGUACAUCACGAAUAAUUAACAAGUGUCGGACGUAAUGUACACGGAAAAAUAUGUAUAUACAUACUAUGUUGACAGUUAUAUACAUUCAUACAAUUGUAACGUGAAAAAUAACGUAUCCAAGCCAGGUCGUCACGAUCUUUUCUAAUGUCAACUUUAUCACGAUCGAUCGCGCGAUAAUCGCCUAAGAGUACGAACGCAGUCGCGAGAAAACAGACAAUACUACUACAAUAAUUAUAAAGAAACGAAAGAGAGAUCAUGUGACAAGGGCAUUAUGCAGGCGCCGAAGUGUAUCCGGUAGAUUCGAAAACGUUAGGUGACGUUUUUACCUUCGAAAAAAGUCAAGAAGGAGGCCGUCUCUCUUCAUCACCUCGUGUCUUCAGCGUACAUUUGAGCGGUGUAAGCCUGAUGCAAAAGUAUUUUCUCAUUGCACGGUAUUUUUGAAAAACCUGAAUAUUUUGUCUAUUUUACUACAUCAGAUGGCACAAAAUUAAAUUUCUUUUUUUCUAUAUCAGUAAAUCGUAGAUAUAUAAUAUCUUCUCCGAUGUACGAAGCUAAAUGCACCGCUUGAUGCGCGAUGAAAACGCGACAGACAUUUCUUCUUGCGUGCAACGUGAGUCUGUGCAUACACUGUACGCAUAUAUCCACGUACAUAUCCCAUUAGAUCGUAAAACUCACGAUCUCAAGUUCGACAUUACGAGCCACCGAAAUAAAUGCCAUGAUUAUUCGUCGAAUUUCUGUAACUCGGCAUUUCUUCUUGUUUUUCGUUUGUAGAGUAAGGCUCGACGGUCUCAAAAUUCUUACAGGAUAUCCAAACGGUGGUACACCGAGUAUACACGUUGACACUGCACACAACGUGAUUUUCUUUUUAAUUACUACAAAAUAUCCGAAGAAAGUUAGUAAUAUUUUCGCGCUACAAUUUUCGCCUUACACACGAAAAAGAUUUUAAUUAAUAUAAGUGAGUAAGUUAUCGAACUAAAUAUUUAAGGUAUUUAAGACUCACUUCUUUUUAUUUGAGCUUAACUUUGAUGAUUUUUGUAAUAAUAGUAUUGAGAAUUCACUCACAAGUGUAGUAUAUGACCGUUUCGGGCGUUAUGACGUGCCCGUCAGUACCGAUACCAAUAACGCGUGAUUUUUGCUUGACAUUAAAUCGAAUUUCAUCAAUUCAUGAUUUGAAUUCACUUGUUUUCGCAACUCGCGCUAACGACGUUACUAUGUAUCAUAUACCCUAGAUGCAAAUAAAACCUAGUCCAUUAUUAA